AUGACGGCAUCAAGGCCGGAGGAAGAAGAUGCCAAGCCGCAGGAUCAGGACGCUUCGCGGCCUGCCUUCCCGGAGGCCUUACUCCAUACGGACCUCGCGAGUCGCGUCCGACUGCUUCAUCUUCUCGGUCAGGUCGGGACUUUCAACCUCCGGGCGACUUGCCAACGGGCAAGAAGCCACGUGGAUGAGAUCCUGGCCGUUGUCUGGGUGGACGCCGCGCCGCCGCCGUUGUUGCGCAUGGCGCCGCAUGCACUUGGUUGCGAUGGCAGCAGUGCUAUGGACAGCGGAAAGGGUGAAACAGCGGCGGCGGCGGCGACAGCGGCAGCGGCGACGGCGGCGCAGCAGGCCUGGUGGCACGAGCAAUGGCCGGCGCGUGCCAUGCCGCUGCUGCGGGCACUUCGCAGCUGGCCUAGCUGUACGACACUGGUGAUUCGAGCGGAAGGCGGCGGCGGCGGCAGCCAGCUCCUACAACCCUUUGCCGAGGUAGUGGCGGCGGCGGCGGCUGUCGACGGCGGUGGCUGUGGCGGAAUCAGUUACCCCCAGGUCACCACCCUGGAGUUGCACAGUGCGCCCCUGUCGUACAGAAAUUCAACGCAGCCACCGUCGACGCCGCCAAGAUCAUCGCUGUCGUCCGCUGGUGCCGCCGCCGUACUGUCGCCGUCCACAGCCGCCGCUCUGGGGCAGCUGUUUCCUAAUUUGGAAAUCAUGGUCUUUCGGGGAUGUUGGCGCCAAGGGCCGAACCUGCGAAGCGCCUCCGACCCGGGUAGCGGCGGCGGCGAGGAGCUCCAGUGUUUGUGUCUGACGCUGGCAUCGCAACCGGCCCGUGUCACUGCCCGUACCGGCGGCGGCAGAGGCGGCAGAGGUUCGUGCGGCUGUCUACGGGAGGCUCUGCCGAAGCUCGUCCAGCUCCGACGGCUGGUUCUGUACGGCGGCCGAAAUCGGCCCUCCCGGGAGCUUCUGGCCGCGUUGCCGGGUUCCCUGGAGCUGCUGAGGCUGGAGGGGGAGGGGGAGGAGCCGCCGCUGCCGCCACGAGGUGAAGGCCGGCGGGCGACGUGGAUGCGGUGUGAAGUAUCAGACCUCAUCCGCAGUUGGAAGCCGUUGGCCGAUCAUCUGGAUGCCGUACAGGCGCCCGCCAUCGCCCGUGUGGACGUGGUGCGGCUAGCCUUAAUCCUGACGGACUCCAAGUCCUUUCAGUCUCCAGAUGACCUGCUGGAGAAGUUGCUACAGCUGCUGCAGGGGCGGCGGCGGCCGCCUCCGCCGUCGCUACUGCAGCCGCCGUCACAACCAAACGAGCUCUUCGCCGUGUCCACGUCCAUAUCUACACCCACCUGCACCUGCACGCACACAAGCACAGGGCGGCCUACCGCAGCACGGCGGCAACCACCAGCGUCAUCACACUCGCCGCCGUCGACAUCACCGCUGCCGCCGCCGCUGCUGUACAUGCGGCUCCUGUUCGUACUGGGUCGCGCCAAGGGCGUUGCCGCCGCCGCCCGGCAACUCAUGGUCACGGGGGCAGUUGGCGUGGAGGAGCUCUCUGUUCUCCGGCAGGACGGCAAAAUGGCGGGAUUUCAAGUCGGUGGGAUUUUAGGCGGCGGCGGCGGCGGCGGCGGCGGUGGCGCCGCCGCCGCGAUCGGGGCCCCCGGAGAGCGGGCGCCGCCGCCGCCGCCGGCGCCGCCGCGGGCCCACUGGCGCCUGGAGACGCCGUCACCACUCAAACUUGUACGGCAACCACGCCGCGUCAGCAUGUUCAGUUAUUGA